AUGGCGGCCGUCACGGUUGUAGGCACGCCCGCGGCGGAGCUGACGGCGAUCGCGUUCCAGUCGUGGUUGAUCAAGGUGAUGGGUGUCGCCUCGGCGACCUUUUUCGCGCUAGAGGUGAUCAGUACAAUGUCAGACGAGAUCCGAUUCGUAUGGCCGACAGCAUGGAGUAUAACUAAGAUCAUAUACUUUCUGAAUCGCUAUUCCCCCAUCGCCAACUUUGCAAUGAGCUCGAACAUGUUCUUCAGUGCCCAUACUCCCGAAACGUGCUUGUCCAACUACGUUCCUUCCUUAUGCACAUUCUUGUCCGAAGCCGUCCUCGCGAUCCGCACCUUUGCACUGUGGGACUUCAACCUGUUCGUCGUCGGCUUCUUGUCAUUCCUUACACUCUGUCUGGUCGUCGUUGGUUUAGUUGUCCUGCAGGAAUUGCAACGUCAUGUUGUCGCCCCGGAUCAGGCAACGAUCGAUCUCAUCGGGUGCAUACCUUAUAGUCAGGACACAAUGGGAUGGUCCCUCGUCGCCAGCAUCCUUGUUGGCCAGACAGCCGUCGUCGUUCUCACUAUUUACAAGAACUACAACUUUCCAGUCUUCAAACGCACGCGAAAUCGUGCGAAUGCAUCCGGCCUACUCUACACGCUGAUAUUGGACGGCAUACUGCACUACUUGAUUAUGCUGGGUAGCCCAUCCGCCCAGUGA